AAGUUAUGAUCAAAAGGGGUUUGUGCAACAAAUAGAGCUUCCUCGUUUAUAUUCCAUUGUGGCACUACCUUACAAUAAUCAUUAACGCCACUCAUUAUUUCUCUUACUUCUAUCACCCAUGGGUGACACUAACACCUUCGUUUUCGCCGCCCAGAAGCGUAGCUGUUCCGAUGACGUGGACGGCGGCGACGCAAAGAAACUGAUGCUGUUCAAUCCCAUGGCCCACAGUAAUGGGGACCCAGCCGCCGCAUUAGCCAGCGCGCGGCACGAGUUCGGGGAGCACGGCGGCGUUAACAUGUCGAUCGAGGCCUCCGCCACGUUCACGGUGAUGGAGGCGGAGACGAUGCGGCGCAUGUUCACCGGAGAGCUGGGCCCCGAUCGCGACUUCUUCGUCUACAGCCGCCACUUCAACCCCACCGUCCUGAACCUCAGCCGCUUGAUGGCCGCACUCGAAGGGACCGAGGCCGCCUACUGCACCGCCAGCGGCAUGUCAGCCAUCGCCGCCGUGCUGCUCCAGCUGUGCAGCAGCGGCGGACACGUGGUGGCAUCCAGGGCACUCUAUGGUGGGACCCACGCACUGCUGAGUCACUUCCUCCCAAGGUCAUGCAACAUAACCACGAGCUUCGUUGAGGUUGCGGAUCUGGAGAUGGUGGAUGGUGCCAUGGUGGAAGGGAAGACCAAGGUUCUGUACUUCGAAUCCAUAUCGAACCCUACUCUGAAGGUGGCGAAUAUUCCGGAGCUGAGCAGGCUGGCCCACCGGAAAGGUGUGACGGUGGUGGUGGACAACACCUUUGCUCCGAUGGUGCUUUCGCCAGCUCGUCUUGGUGCUGAUGUUGUCGUUCACAGUAUCUCUAAGUUCAUCAGCGGUGGGGCCGACAUCAUAGCAGGGGCUGUGUGCGGGUCUGCAAAUUUUGUGAAUUCAAUGAUGGACCUCCAACAAGGGGCGAUAAUGCUGUUGGGUCCAACUAUGAACGCCAAGGUGGCAUUUGAACUAUCUGAAAGAAUCCCACACUUGGGGCUAAGGAUGAAGGAACACAGUCACCGUGCAAAGGUGUUUGCAACCAGGCUCAAAAACUUAGGAUUCAAGGUUAUCUACCCUGGUCUUGAAGACCAUCCACAUCAUGAAUUGUUGAAAUCCAUGCACAACAAGGAUUAUGGGUAUGGUGGACUUUUUUGCAUUGACAUGGAAACUGAAGAGAGGGCUAACCGGUUGAUGAACCACUUACAGAACCAUGGACAAUUUGGUUUCAUGGCUGUUAGCUUGGGCUACUAUGAGACCCUCAUGUCUUGUUCUGGAAGUAGCACCAGCAGUGAGUUGAGUUCUGAGGAAAAGGUCCUUGCUGGAAUCUCACCAGGUCUAAUCAGAAUGUCAAUAGGAUACAUAGGGACAUUGGAGCAAAAGUGGAGUCAGCUGGAAAAGGCACUCACUAGACUUGAGGAAUAUGGCUUCACCAACAAGAAUUGAAUCACUUUUGUAAUCCUACUUCUUGUAAUGCUCGCUCCUGUUCAUGCAUAUAUGUAUAAAUACUGUUUAUCUUCGAAUGUAAUCUCAGUACUCAAUCUGUAUGUAGUGUGUGCUGUAUAUUAAGGUCACUGAAAUAAAAAUGGAAAAUGUAAUCUCUGUACUCAAUCUUAGUUGCUGCAAAAUGAAUCUUGCUUCGUGCAUUCAUUAAUCUGGAAUGCAUUAUAUCAGCCUUGAACAACCACGGCUUCUAUAGAUUGUUUACAUAGAGGGAUGGUUCAGAUGGGCUUUUUAUAUACCCAUUUUGCAAGAAA